CCUUGUGACGAGCUGUCAUUUUCUAUAAAUAGAUUAUACUGUAUAUGGAUCAACAAUGAUCUUCGGAAUGUAAAUACACCUCGAGUAUAAAUUCAAGAGCACUUUUUAUCCUUGGCAUAAUUUCUAUAUUCGAAAUAUUAAUAUUAAUACACUGUACAGAAUAAAACAUGAAGUUUGCAGUGCUUCAUGGUCUGGUAGUCCUGGCGGCUUUUUGGUUGGUAACUGACGCCUACCUCCAUUUCCAAAAGCAGAUCCCGAAUGGUGACUACAUACCUCACCCCUGUAAACCAAACUUUGUAUGGAAAGGGGUGGGUCAUAUUAACCAAGCAGGAGGCGGGGCCAGAAAUCAGUUCGGCAAAGAUUUCAACAGUGCUGGUAAAAAGUGGACUACAUCUCUCUGUAAUAUGGAUUCCGACGGAGACGGAAAAUCUAAUGGACAAGAAUUAGGAGAUCCCAAUUGUACGUGGAAGCCUGGAACGGUCCCAGACGAAGUGACAGGAAUCACCCACCCUGGAGUGUGUGAGCCCUGGGGUAGCACACAGUGUCAGAAUAAAAACGACUGGGUGUCUUGUGAGUCAGACGAGUUUAAAUGCCCCGCUAUCGAGGAAGAAGAUGUAUUUACGAAAGAAUUGCGAUUUCCUUGGACCAACGUUCCAGCAAAAGCUACAAGCUAUAUGUGUAUGGGAUUCGAUCUCCCUAGUGAUGGUGACUAUCAUAUGAUCGCGACUAAACCUAUUAUCAAUGAAACCAGAGUUAUGCAUCAUAUCGCUUUGAUAGCCUGUACUUCUGAGGCUGCUGAAAUAACAGAACCAACCGAAUGUUUGAUGGGGCUGACUGGUUGUUCCACAACAAUUGGGCUAUGGACCCUGGGGCUGCCCGGAGAGUGUUUGUACAGAGAGUCGGGGAUCAGAAUUGGUACCAAGGGAAUGAAAAGAGGUGUACUACAAUUCCAUUGGACCAACCCUGAAGAGCGAUCCGAUCUGUGGGAUGCAUCCGGCAUGACGCUCUAUUUCACCAAGAAAUUAAGGAAAUACGACUCUGGAACAUGGUCUACAGGACAGUUGUAUUUAGAGAUCCCUCCCCUGUCCCCUAGAGUUGUUCAACAGUCAACAUGUUCUGGAUAUUGUACCAGGAAACAGAUGAACCAGUCCAUCUUUCUAACCUCUGGAUUAAACCACAUGCACUAUCUCGGUGUGGCUGAAUAUGUGAAACUAAAGAGACAGGAUGGUUCAGAACUCAUGUUGACCGAUGAAAAACACUACAGUUACGAUACACCUAUUUUAAAUACUUAUGACCCACCAAUAGAAGUGAAACCUGGAGAUGAGAUCGAAACAGUCUGCACCUACCAGUCGCUAUCAAGAAAGGUGACAGCAAGAUACGGCGAGGGAACGUUUGAUGAGAUGUGCUUUGGAAUUUUCAACUUCUUUCCCACAUAUGCCAUGGCCCAGGCCUACCCUACAUGUACCACCAAUAAAAAUUUCAACUACUGUGAUAUAGACGACUGGACAUGUAACUACGGCACACUGUGGAAUUUUACUCAUCCAGAAACAAAAACCACUAUUGAUAAGGUAAUGAAGCAUUGUACGUAUCAAGGCGAUUGUUUACAUGGUUGCCGUGCUGUAGUCAACGAUUUGAAAGAGAACCAUUCAUGUUUCAUGAACGGACUAGCUGAGCAUACACUACGAUUCCUCACCAUGAAGAAUGAUAACGAUACGGUGGCGGCGCUGCGAUUUGUGGCCGCGAUGCAGUCAUGUGACUGUCGGAAAGAGAAUCCGAUUGUUUAUAUCGAGGAGGAGGUCCAAAAUUUGAGGCACAUGCGUUUGUCUAUGUAA